AUGGCUCUUUCUGAGACGUGGGUACAGUUUGUAAUGGCCGCCACUCUUCCCUGCUCCACAGACCAGGCCAGCAUCCAGGCCGCUGCCCUGCCUGGCACUGACGGCUGUCUGGCCUCCCCGAGGGUCCCUGCAGGACUGGACGCGGCGUGUGCUGGAGGGAGUGGUGCUGCGGUGGAGGUUGUGAGGCCGGGCAGCAGCAUGAGCGGCCGGCGGCGGCGGCAACAGCGGCAGCAGCAGCAGCAACCAGCCUCAGGUGUGGGGAGGCACAGGUGUGGUGGCAAGAAUCACCUGGAGGCAGGCAGCUCUGUCCACAGAGGAGAGAGCAAGUUUGAGUGCCAGCAGUGUGACAAAACUUUUGUAUCCAGACAAGGCCUUGACUACCACACCCUGACACACCGUGGUGUUAGAAAUUAUGAGUGUGGUGAGUGUGGCAAGAAAUUUACCACAAAGUCUCAGCUCACCAGACACACCCUGACACACAGUGGUGUUAAGAAUUAUGAGUGUGAUGAGUGUGGGAAGAAAUUUACCCACAAGUCUUCCCUCACCACACACACCCGGACACACAGUGGUGUUAAGAAUUAUGAGUGUGAUGAGUGUGGGAAGAAAUUUACCCACAAGUCUUCCCUCACCACACACACCCUGACACACAGUGGUCUUAAGAACUAUGAGUGUGAUGAGUGUGGCAAAAGAUUUCCUACCAUUUCUCAUCUCAAUAAACACAUCUUCAGACACACUGGCUUGAGGGAGUUCAAGUGUGAUGUUUGUGGCAAGUGUUUCAAGACAAGGGGUUGAUAUUGCCAGGCACAUGAGGGUCCACUUUUGAGGUGUGUUGUAUGCAUGAGUGGGACCACACCCAUGCCUGUGAUGGUGGUGGUGGUGAUGGUGGUGGUGGCAGUGGCGGCAGUGGUGGCAACCGUGCCUGUGUGUGCUGUGAGGGAAUAAUGGCCCCAGCAAUUGUUUUGUGUGGUGGUGGUGGCGGUGGCGGCCAUGCCCAGGUGUGCUGUGAGGGAGCAGUGGCCGCAGCAGUUGUUUUGUUGGCAGUGCAGGUGUGACUUUCAAUAAAUGUGUGUGUAACAUCA